CUCCUUCAUUCAGACAAUUCACAAAUCUCCAGCCCUGUUAUCCAAUGGAAAAAAAACUAGUACAAGUUUCAGAGCAAGAGGUUCGCAUAGAUUUUGCACUCAACCGUAAAUGCCGAGCUAACGUGCACCUGACCUCCCUCUGCGCCACCGCCCCCGUAGCCUUCAAGGUCCAGACAUCUUCGCCUCACAAGUUCCUCGUCAAACCACCCACCGGUUUAAUCCCUCCGUUAUGCCACGUUACCUUCCAGGUCAUCCUCAAGCCUCAGGCCCAGCUUCCGCCCACCUUUCCUCGCUCGCCGUCCGACCGAUUCCUCAUCAGAACCUCCGAGUUCAGCCUCGACUCCGAGUCCGAGUCAAUCAACCAGUGGUUCUCCUCCUGUUCCCGCGGCUCCACUCACGACCUCAAGCUCAAGGUUGCCUUCGUGGGCCCCUUUCUUCUGCGCCACGCUGUCACUUGCGGGGACUACGACGCCGCCCGGAAUAUAAUCAAGCGGCAGAGAACGAUUCUCGCCGAGUUUCCACCCGGGGAUGCUGAGUCGCUCCUUCAAGUUGCGACCGAGUUGGUUAACCCGGAGGACAUGAUUAACUUGCUGCUCGAAGCUGGAUUGAGGAUCGACGCAAGUGCGAGGUCCGAGCAAGUAAAUUACGAGGUGGAUUCCAAAUGGGCAUCCAACGGACAUGAGGAGCCACAAGUGGCAGCGGCCUGCGAUCGAUUGGAUUACGGUAUGGGCUGCGGGGAUGGAGUAUGUGAUAACCGCCGUUCGAUCCAAGAUGCUGCUUGUGAUAAGGAUAAGCUAGAAAUGGGAGAACUAGUAUUGAUGGCGGCAAGACGAGGAGAUUUGAAGCAUGUUGAAUUGCUGUUGCAAAAUGGCGCGGAUAUAAACUGCUGUGAUCAAUAUGGCUUGACAGCCCUGCACGCCUCAGCCAUUAAAGGCCACAAGGAUAUUGCUCUGAUGCUGGGAGCUUGGAGACCGUUGAGAUAUUGGUUCAGAAUGGGGCUAAUGUCAAUGCCAAGAGCAACAGCGGCGCCACCCCUCUGUACAUGGCUACGGCAAUGGGGUAUGAUGAUAUCACCGAGUUUCUUAUUAGCAGAGGAGGAUAAAUGGUUAAUGGAGCAAAUGAUUUGCGAUUAA